AUGUGCUUCGCGACGUUUUGUCAUGGCGUCGAUCGACUCACCACAAAUGUUAAGGUCUGGAUGUAUUUAGGUCUUGUAUUGAGGUGUUGCGUGUAGCUGUUGUCGAUGUAGGUCUUGUAUUGAGGUGUUGCAUGCAGCUCUUGUACGCAGCACGAUUAGGCUGCUUCGGUUCUCGCUGAUCAAUAGGUAGUGCCGUGUGCUCCUUUUCGAUGGUUGAAAAUGGUACUUUCAUUGUGGGAGGAAGUACGGGGGACGAGCACGUGUCCACCUUUCAAAUAAGACGGCCGAGCUGCUCACGUUGAUGACUCUAUAAACACCAGCGCCAGUCUUAUACUCGACUUGAUUUGAUUCGUCACUUUCAUAGUGCAGUGUGACACUGUCACCAUGCUAUAGUCUAACUCAUUGAGAGAAUGUUGAAAAUGGAGAAAGUUGAACUUGAAAGUCGCUUCAAAUGACACGUCAGAUUUUGAAUUGAUUCCUUGGGCGAUAAAAAGCAACUUUUUCGAGGAUUGUGGAAGUUCAAUUUGAAAUCAUUGCCAGCAUCGUCAUCAUUAUCAUCAAAUCAUCAUCCUCGUCGUCAUCAUCAACCUGAUCCUGCUCCACCUGUUUCACCUCUUUCGUAGUGAACAUUGUCACCAUUGUGCUACUCCUAGUGUGUUUGUGUUGCUCUCUUUGGUAAUCUACUACUUUGGUGUACGUGUAGGUGUCCUGGAGAAAGUUGGCUCUAAGGUUUUAAAUUGAAUUGGUGGGCGAUAAAAUACCACUUUUUCGAGGAUUGUGAAUUUCACUGAAGCAGAGCAGUGAUGUGAAAUCGUUCACCCUGACUAUACUACUUGUACUUUUGUACUAGGUCGCUGCCUUUGCAUUUGCUUCAUCUCGAUCCCCAUGAAUCACAGAUCGGAGACAAACUUAAACUUUAGGUUAUUUUGAAGGAUGAUUUGGAUUUGCUACAGUAAGUCAGCUUGAUCUUGGUGUUCCUUCAUAGAUAACGCGGCAAAGGCCACCAACUACAAAGAACUUCUUUCUUAAUGUUGGCCAUCAACUAACCAAGUUCUAUGAUAACUUUUAGAUGGUACUAUAGGUAGCUAGACAUACCUAGGUAUACGUAUAGUUAGAAGGCUCGUAGAUGAUGAGGCCAUUCCUAUCUUCAUGCCUUAUUCUAUCCUAUCGAUCGUAGCAGACUUCUUCUAAUGUUGGCAAAUCGUCAGCCAGCUCUGUAGCGAAGUUUUUUGAGUCCUGCACGACGACUACAGGUUCGUCUACGGGAGGAGGAGAAGCAGCCUCGAGUGGAGGAAGGACGGGAUUAAUGUCUAAAGAUAUGCCACUACAGGACUCAUUUUUAUAAGCGUAACUUGUUAUUGGCUUUGUUCUUGGCUCUCUGAAUUUGAUGCUUGCUAAGAAGUGUGCUUUUUUGUUUUAGAUUUAGCAGUGAUAUUCAAACUCAUGUGAUGAGUCUAUAGGUACUGUAUAAGGCUGCUCCGCUGAGUAAAUAUUCUCGUCCUGAAAGCCCAUUUCUAAUACCACGCAAUGGAUAGCAGAGGUGAAAUCGCUGACUGGUGAUGGGUUUAACGUGCCCGCUUUGACAAAGCUCUUCGAACGCUUGCAGUUGCCUCAGGACGCUCUUGCGUUGAAGAAACAAGCGACCUCAGGAGCGACCCCGUUCCUUGAAGGCACAAAGCCCGCACAGAGAUUAAGGCUUGUAGAAUGAUGUGAGUGAAGUAUUUCUAUUUUCUUUUUCUACUAAUGUCAGAAGGCGGAGCGACAUUUUCAGUAGCGCUUGAGCGCCACUGCUUCUGGGUAGGGCAACAAUUUUCAUUGGUGCUGAUUUUCUGAGGUCUAGACUAAGAAAGAAUCACUAGAUCUGGGGAUUUGCACAUGCAGCACCAAUCAAGGAUCAACAUUAUCAUGGGGAUGGGGUUGCAUAUGGUAGCUCUAAAUUAAGCAGCGGAAGCACUCGAUCCAUACAGCGGGAACAUUGAGGCCUACAUGGAUCUUUGUAGGAUGAGUGUUGUCGCAGCACAAGAAGAAAGCCAAAAAUUAGGACAAGGAUCUAAACAAGACCUUUUAGCGAUAAUAUGAUCGAUUAUACCACAGAAGACCAACAGUAUCAUCUUGACUCGUUGCGCGUCUAUCUUGUUUUCCUAGGAGGCCGGUACAUUAAGAUGUACUUAGACUAAGAGCUCCAGCUCGACGAGCGUCACGAGAAUUAGUAUCAUGUAGAUGAAGAGCUUAGAUCUUAUACUAUCGUGAAGACAGGGAGGAGGAGCUCCCGCUCUAAGAAAAGCAGGCGAUGGCGCUGACGCAGCUUCUGGCAACAAAAAACAAAUGCCUCCAGUUGUUGUAGAUAUUGCCUCAGUUGUGAGUACUACACCCGCUGCAGCCGCGUCUGCACCCACAGCAGGCAAAGAUUAAGAGCACCUACUCGAGGUGAGUCAAUUUUUACCAACGUGUUUUAGUCAAUUUCAAAUCCACCAGCAUGCUUUUUGAGCCAACGACUUCCUCCGCUAGCUCUAAAAAGACGUCGCCAGGCCUUCGGUAUCGUCUUGUUUACCAGCGUCUUAGUCUUUUAGUCAAUUUCCGCCAACAUCUUGUGGUCAAUUUCCUUAGUUCUAAUAAGAGGUCGCCAUGCCUUCGGAGGUAUCCUCGGAAGCUACCAAGGGUUUAGAUCCUCCCUUUGUACACACCGCAACCCUUCGCUUGUGGCGAGUUGCAUCUGCGCGCCACGGAAACUUCAUACAGAGGACGAGCUUGUUGAGAUUUCUGAAGCUAAGAUCAUUAUCUGAAUUUAACAGGUUGGAUGAUCUAUCAUCGGAUAAUCUAGAUCAGACACAUUGGAUGAGAUUUCUAUUAUAAUAUAUUCAAUGUAUGAGGGCAACUCACUCAACCAGUAUCAGGGAUAGUUCUUAGGGCAGCUCACUCAACGAGAACUAGUUGUACUACGGAUUGAUAGACGUUAGUGAAAAAAGCACUACAACUUACAUGAGCUUCUAAUUAAGGAUUUGCUUUUUACUAGAAAAGAAGUCGGUCAGUCGACCACGGCCGCACUUGAGCAAGGAGCUGCAUUAGCAGCAGCUGCGGAUGCGAAAGGUGAAAGUGGCCUUGUGAGCAGUGACGCCAAGAAUGCUGAAGCUCCUUCGUCAAGCUCGAGCGUGCAUGUCGCGCCUCGGAAUUCGAAGACCGACAAGACAAACAACACUGCAGCUGUUGCUACUCCUUCACCUCCGCAACGACACUAAGGCAUGAUAGAAAGAUAUACUAUAGAUCUUGAUAUCUUCCUGAUUCAGAUUCAGAUUCUCCAUUGGUGUCUUAUCUUUCAGUGAAUACGCGUAGGGGCGUUACGAAAGACAAAAAACAAGUGUUCAGACUCUUGAUGAGUCUUCAACUUCAAUAAAGUAGAUGUAGUUCGUAGACGCAGAAGAGAGAGAGAAACCUAAGCAUGAAGAUACUCAAUUCCGUAUAGUACUCGAAACCUCCCUAGUAAAGGCUAAACAUCAUGAUCUUCUUCAAGAAUGUGGUAGCAGAAACCCCAUCCCUAAAUGUUAAACAUGUUGAUGAUCAUCUGCUAUCGCCUAAUAUCAACAACAGCCUCCAGCGCAACAGGUCCCAAGGGGUCUGUGGUUUGAGCCUUUAUUCCUCAUAAUGAUGCAAAUGCGUCUGCCAUUGACCAGAGAGCAAGCACGUGCACUCUUUGCGCAUUAUGCGAGAGAACAUGCAGAACAAAGAGACACGUCGCAGAAAUUAAGGCUCGCGACCUCGCCGUCAAGGACCUAAUAAAUCGUAAUUGAUUUUGAUUCAUCAAUCUUCAUAGAUAGAUGAUGACGAUGAGAAGCAUUUUUUUUGUGGUUUGCUCAGUCAGACCAAGGACUGGCUGUAGAAGGCAGGGAAAUCAACAAUUGAUGAAUUUGCGCGCGCGCAUCUAACUCUGAGGAGGGCGACGGCUAUGGAAGACACCUCUGACGUAGGGACGAGAAGAGCAUCUACAUUUUCCAGAGCAGGUUAAGGCCCCAAAUAAGUCGUCGUCGACGGACCACUUUUAAUGUUUGAUAGAGUUGUGGAUCGUCAACAUCAAGAGCAGCAACAUCUUCUGGAGUCGUGAAACUUCUAGGAGUUUCAUCAAGCUCCACUUGCACUUCUAGGAGUUUCAUCAAGCUGCAACAUGAAUCUUGAAAAAAAGCAAGAAGUCUUGAAGAUUAUACUCCAGCAUCUCUCUAAAAAGUGGCGGAAAAUGGCGCUGAGGCUGACCCAACAGCAACAGCAUCAGCAGUUAAGGCAUUUAUUGAUAACUCAUCUCCGCAAGACCAAGAGCCCAAGAGCCACUAGCACGAGCCACGACAGAGGAUGCGAAAAAGCUGGAUCCCUUUCCCUCGUGUAGUUGUACUUUGUAGUCUUUCCACGACAGUAGACGUAGAUGAGUACUUAAGUUUGAAAGUAUCUUCCCGGUAGCUCGUAGUCGUGUUUGAAUCGUCGUGAAGCGACAGUAGAGUGAGCUUGAAAGUAUCUUGUCUUCCGUGUCGCUCGUAGUCGUGUUUAAAUCGUCGAUCCCUGUCGUCCCUCGUAGUGUUUAAAAAGUCGUGAAGAGGACGUUCUCCUUUUCAUCCUCUAAAAGACACGACUCACGCCAAGAAAGCCUCUUCUUGUCUCGAAGCAGAGCACAGAGUCUAUUUUCAGACUUAAGGCAGCUUCCCCUAAUCCAACGCCAACUCUCUGGAGAUCCCUCAUCCUCAAUAGUAUGCACCCCAAUACCAGGGAGAUACUCUUGAGGCAUAUUCUACUUGAGGGAUCUCCACAGGGAUAGGAUCGAAUAGGAUAUUAGUGUGCCUUUGCAGGGAUGAAUUAUUGGGGGAAGCCAAGCUCUAAGAGAUGUGAUCGAUUUCGGCGUCCAUAGGGAAGCAUUCUUCUACUUUCUACAUUUUCAUCGGAUACAGCUUCCGGACUCCGCGAUUCUAGCACUUUGGGAUCAAAUCAUACUGCCGAAAUUUAUGAAGUAGAAUUAAGUAUCUCAAUCUCACACAAAAAUGUUACCUGCUAUAUCUCUAGAUUGCUAAUAUGUUCACCUAUAUCUAUCACGCGGGCUGGUCCUGGAGCGUUCAUUCGCCCCCAGCUACUGUAUGUAAUUGUCGAUUCUAGCUAAAAGUGGAAUGAUGUAAGUAUUGUUCGUCGUAGACAAAACGAAAGAAACAAAUACAAAUAGACGCUUCUGCUUGUUGUGCUUCAUCUUGUUCGCCAGCACGACUACAACCAGUACCUUCUAGACCAACAGGAGCCCACAGUUACAGCGUCUCCGUCUAACUAUCGGCGUGGUGCCUUGCAGAACUCCACGGUAGAGCUGCCCUCUUACAUGGCUGAAACAUUCAUUGGGCAGUGGAUAACGGGUCUGCGGAUGCGGAAUGAGGAGUAUAACAUUACGAAUCCAUCGACUACAAAGGUUGUCGUUGUAUAUUUAGGUGUACUAGUUGCAGAAGUAGAUUCACACUCAGCAGAGGAAGUAGUGAAAAUAUCUCGAUGCUGUCGGACUAGGACAUUAACAUUGACAUGA